GCCAUGCCUGGAGGAAACAGACACAGCGUGAAGUGUGACAGAGGUUAUAGCUGCUACGCAUGGAGAAAUCCAAGGGGAGAAUUUGAGAAAGAGCAACCAAGCAGCAAGCUGUUCCCACUUGAGCUCAACCAGACUAAAAUGUUGUGUGGUGGUGUUGGAGAUGCAUGGCGUUGGUCCCUCAACACCAGCUCCAUAACUAAGAAGGCCCAACGGCAUCUCUGCUUCCUGCAAAAUCACCCGACACCCAUUCUCACCACCUUCUACAGAGGGACUAUUGAGAGUAUCCUGAGCAGCUGCAUCACUGUCUGUUAUGGUAUGAGUACAAUGAAGUGGAGCACCGGCAUCUGUGAAUGCUGCUCUGAUAUGAGCUCCUGUUGCUAUGGAUAUUGGUGUUUCCCCUGCAUGAAGUGUGAGACAGCCAGUAAAAAUGGAUGGUGUUGCGCAAUGCCACUCCUGGACAUUUGCUGUGUGGUGUCCUGCUUACUUCGUCAGUCCAUCAGAAAGCGCUACAACAUUGUUGGCUCGUUCGUUGAUGACGCCAGCAGCGUAAUUUUCUGUCACCCAUGCGCUUGGUGCCAGAUGUAUCGUGAGCUGAACAUCAGGGAAAACCAGCAGCCUGCUAACUCAUCAGUGGUCACCACUCAGGUGGCCCGUGGAUAAGAUACAACCACUUUUGAUGUUCAGGACCUGUUGUGGUUUUGGGGUUUGUUUAGUUUUUUGCAUUUUGUAAUCAUAAAGCACGUAAGAAAAGAUUAGUUCAGUUUGCCAAAGACAAUCAAGUAGCGUAGCGUCCUAUCUGCUUUCAUUUUCAGAGCCCUGCACAGCUCAUUACUACAGUGUAGUCAUUAGCUCCGACCAUCAUGAAGUGUGGUUCCGUGUUCCAUGUUAGCUUUCUUUCAUACAGUUUUAAACACUUAAGCUUUAAAAUUUGUUUUUUUUUUAAAGGUUUCACUGACAUAUCAGGUGGUGGAUGUUAUCUCAGGGAAGGUUUUAAUCUGACUAAUAAAA